AAAAAACACAUGCUGAUCACUGUUCUCAAUUCUUAAAAUUGGAAUUUUUUACCCUAAAACCAAAAAAAAAAAAGGAAAAGUAUUAAUCCCGAAAUUUAUCACCCAACCGUACCUUAAAAUAUUGAAACUGAAAGCAUAUUCUGGAAUCUUGGUCCACAGUUCAAACAAAGAAAACUUUCGAGUUAACUCGUCCUUGAUAUGUAAAGGGCGUCUCUUUUUCCUUCUUUCCGUGUCAACCUAGGGUUUCCAAUUUUCAUUUUUUUUUUCGAAUUUCUCUUACCUUCUGGUUAUUAAUCUUCAACAUUUCGUUUCCCCCAAUCUUUUAUCCCUAACAGUUUCCAAUUCGCUCUUAAUUCCUAAAAUUCACAAUGCCGCCAUUUUUAUCGACCUCGAAGGUGGUGCGGUCUGUAAUAUCCCGUAGAAAUGUGAUAGAUCGUUUCAUUAGGGACGCCAAUAAUAGAUGGCGUUCCGGGAACUUCGAUCAAAUCCGAUGGAUUACUGGCAUUCCCGGUACCGAAACGCCGCCGGUUCACCCAUUACUCGGUCCACGCAAAGAGGAUUCUAAUUUAUCAUUAAACAAUUUUUUCAACCAUUACACUCUCCAAAGGAGAAGAUUUUUAGGCUGCGGUGACGGCGAAGAAGGCGGCGUUUUAUCAAAAGUUUACGAGGAAAGGAUCGUUAUGGGGUAUUCUCCGGAGCAGUUAUUUGAUGUGGUUGCAGCUGUGGAUUUGUAUAAUGGAUUUGUUCCUUGGUGUCAGCGGUCUGAUAUAAUCAAACGGUAUCCAGAUGGAUCGUUUGAUGCUGAAUUAGAGAUUGGUUUUAAGUUUGUUGUUGAGAGUUAUGUUUCUCAUGUAGAAUUAAGAAGACCAAAGUUUGUAAAGUCAACUGCAUCAGAAAGUAGCCUUUUUGAUCAUUUGAUAAACAUUUGGGAAUUCAAUCCUGGACCAGUUCCAGGAACUUGCAACCUUUACUUUCUUGUCGACUUUAAAUUCCAGUCACCGCUUUACCGGCAGGUGGCAUCCAUGUUUUUUAAGGAAGUAGUCUCUCGAUUGGUCAGCUCAUUCAAUGAACGAUGCCGAUUGAUAUAUGGCCCUGGGGUUCCAGUCCUUGAAAACUCUUAUGGGGAAAGGACAUGAGUAUUUGUUUAUGGAAGCACCCUUUGAAGUGCGGUGAAUUGCAUUUAAACGCAGCUGGGAUUGCAAGGAUACUCUCGCAAUGCCUGCUGGGUAGUUUUUGUUGUGUACUACCCAGCCAUAAAAAACUUGCCUUUAACCAUAUUAGGUAUUCGUUUGAUCUUGUUCCCUCAUCCAAUUUCCACAAAGAUCAAUUGAUAUUCAAUCAAAUUCUCGGAUUUUGCUAUUUUUUACUUUCUACAGUUCUUCACUUUAUAGCUACUGAUUUAUCAACAAUGCACUUGUGUCAUUCCACAGAAUAAUCAAUAUAAUAUAAUAGUAAGAUAAUUUGUCACCUUAAGAGCGGAGUCGUCGGGUGAAGUGAAUUUUAUAAG